ACAUUAAAUCAAGUCUCUCUGUACUUGUUUCAUUGACUGUUCUGGACAGACUGCAGAAGCCUAACAUAACGGUCAGGCAUGAUGGUUCCAUCGCCAUUGGCUGUGACAUACCCAAGCAUUUUGGGGAGGCCACCAGAUGCCAACUUUACACUGGAGAUGAAAGCGUGCCUUAUAUAGAAGCCAUGACAUUAAAGAGUGCGUCUGGAGAUGUGUCCUGCCAGUUUACUGUGAACAAAGAUGAUUUAUUCAGACGUCUGCCGUCAGUGGGAAGCAGAGGGGUGAGCUGUGAUUAUACAGUGAACACAGAGCCUCCAUCACUCUCUCCACGCAGUGACCCUUACAACUUUAAAGCAGCCACAACAACAGCAGCAACAGCACGUGGUUCAACAACAACACUAACAUCAACAGCAACUUCAACAUUAACAUCAACGACAAAGAUACCAGCAACAGUAAUAUUUCCAUCAUCCUCAGGGCCAGCAGCCACAACAACAGCAGCAACAGCACGUGGAACAACAACAUCAUUUCCAUCAUCCUCAGGGCCGGACCCAGCAGUUUCAACCUCGACUUUGCUCUCCAUUCAAUCUGGAAAGGAUCCCUUCCCAUUUGGUCCAUGGACGCGUGUGGCAGUUGUGGCACUUGUAGUAGGCCUGUUCCUGGUGGUCCUCAAGGCUGCUUGUCUCUGCUCCAAGAGACAUAAACACACAAGAUCACAGAAUACCACCUAUGGGAGAAAUGAUUCGGCCAGAUUUGGUCCAAAUAAUAUCAAACAGCUGGAUAAAGAGGGUGAUAGGUCUCCCCUCGCCAUCUCAGAAACCUCAGGUGCUGAUCUGAAAAUACACGCAGAGGAGGACGUGUCCAAAGCAUGUCAUGUGUACAACACCAUUCCUGACACACUGGAUAUUCCCAGCCGUCAGGACACCACCUACAGCUUAGCAAAAGCGCAGAAGGAUCCAGACACCACCCAGAAGACCAUGACCUACAGCUUAGCACAAGCACAGAAGGAUCCAGACACCACCCAGAAGACCAUGGCUUAUAGCUUUGUGCAGAAGGUCUAACUUAUCUGAAAAAGCCUAAGAAUAAGAUGAAAACCUUAUGACCAAUUAGACAGACAACAUAGAGGCACAUGUGCACAAUGAAUUAGAAUUUGGGUCCUAUGGUAGAAUAUUCAUAUAAUAAGAUAAGGUUCCUUAUUCUAUAUUCUUAUAUUCUAGGGAGUUUUUCCUUGCCCCUGUUGCUCAUGGGCUCUCUUUGAAGGUUUAACACUCUGUAAAGCGCCAUGAGACAUGUGUAAUGUUUUGGCGCUCUAUAAAUAAAAUUGAAUUGAAAUUGAAAUUGAAAAUUGAAAUUAUGAUGUACAACAAAUAUACAAUUUAUAGCUAAUAUAUUGCUAGCAUGUGGUCUUGUUUAUCUGUUCCGUCGCUAGUCAAUACAUAGAAAUGCAUUCCUCUGAAAUGCGGUGAAAUGACACAAACUCUGUACAGGCUGUACAGUGGAAAAUGUGUCUUUAUUUGUUCUUUUUUACAUAUAAAGCAAUGUUCUUAAAAAACAGGCAAGUGCUUACUGGCACAGUAAUAUGAACUACAACAGUUUCCUCCAUGCAUUGUUUUAGUCAGUGUUACUUCUUCUAUAUGAAAACACCUCAGCUGUAAAAAUGAAGAGGUAGAAUGAAAUGGACAGCAGAACAUUUGUCACUCUUUUUUAUAGAU